AUGUCUUUGUCAGAGCAGCCUUUGCCCAUCGUCAUCUGGGUGCACCCACGAUCGUGCUCUACCGCCUUUGAGCGCUCGCUCAUGCAGCGACCCGACACGGUCGUUUUUCACGAACCUAUCGGUGACCCCUUUUACCUCGGCAAAGACCGCCCUUGUCGUCGAUUCGACGAUGAUCACGCCAAGAAGUCGGGCAACUACGAUCUGACGGUCACCGAGGUGCUCCAAAAGGUGCUCAACCCUACCAAAGAAGAUCUGUCCAAGAACAAGUCGUGGCCACCCAAAUACGUCUUCUUGAAGGACAUGGGUCAGUGCCUUUUCCCUGCCAAGAUACUGCAUCAGCUUCAUCCAGAAUCCAAAGUGUUCCCUGCUUCAGCCGAUGACAGCAGCAGCACGUCGACUCCUUUUGACAUCAACGCACCUGUUAUCGAGAACCCUACGACCGUACCAACGGCAAUCCUUAAAAGGUUCCGACACUCGUUCCUCAUCCGCACGCCGGAAAAGUCGAUCCCAAGUUACUGGAAGUGCGUUCAAGAAGGUGCUUCGGGUUGGGAGUUCUGGGACCAGGCUGAUGCCGGCUAUGUCGAGCUCAAGAUCCUGUACGAUUGGAUCUCUAACCCGAAUUCGACCUUCAACACGGAGUCAGGCGACCAGCACGCUGUGGAACAGCCUCAACCGCCUCCCCUUCUGGAUGCCUCGACUUUGCUCGCACAUCCAGAUCAUGCCAUCAAGAGCUACUGCGAUGCCAUGGGCAUUCCCUUUACACCCGAAAUGCUCAGUUGGGACUCGGGUCCGGUUGACGAGUGGGCCAAGUGGGGUGGUUACCACAACGCAGCUGAAAACUCGACCGGUUUCAAGAAGGAGGCUCCAGCAUCAUCCAACGAGGCCGCCAAGCCUAAGGCAAAAGUUGCCGAACACUUGCAGAGCGCAGUAGAUGCUUGCAACCCGCACUACCAGUACUUGCUUUCCAAGGCUACUAUUCGUGCUCCUUGA